AUGUUCGAGUUUACUUCUUCGAGAUCUCCUCUUGCAGAAGUGCAUGAUUUUCUGUCUUUGCCUCCUGCCCCCAUGUUACCUCAUUACCAACAGACAAUGCAUUUGGAUGGAGAAGAGGGUAGUUAUUACCUUCUAAUGCAGCAAGAAAGGUUGAGCCUUGUGCAAUUUUGGAAUCAAAAAAUGCUAGAGAUUCCUAGUAUUUCAGAUUUUAAGGGCCAACAUGCUUUACCUCUCGCAAGGAUCAAAAGAAUCAUGAAAGCAAACCGAAAUGUUAAGAUGAUUAGUGCGGACAGUCAAAUACUAUUUGCCAAAGCAAGUGAAUUGUUCAUCCUAGAGCUCACACUUCGAGCAUGGUUUCAUGCGGAAGCCAACAAACGCCGAACUCUGCAACCAUGUGAUAUAGGGAGAGCCAUACGAUGUUACCCAACUCUGCAUUUCUUGACAAACAUUGCCCCCGAUGUGCAUAAGGUUGGUUUUUCUUUAUCUUUAUCGUUGUGCUCUCUUGCAUCAAAUCAUUACUAA